CAUUCAUACAGCCCACAAAAAAUAGGGUAGGAAGAGGCCCAAAUAAGAGAAAAAUAGAACGAAAGUAAAACAAAAGGCGGGGUAGCGUGUGCAUUUGAACUCAACUGACCGCUUUUUUUGCGUUGGUGUUGGCGGCCAUUCAGUCUCAUCUCAUCUCAAUAUCUCAUCACUCACUCUUCACUCAACAACACAUCUCUUUUUUGUUUGUUUCAAAAUUUAUAAUCUCAUUUUCACCCCUUUUUCAUUUCCCGGUACUAUAUAACAGUGUUGCUGUUACCUCUCUCACUCCCGCUCUCUCUUUCUGUUUUCCAAACCCUUUCUUCUCCCUAUUAAUGUCGACUUCCGGCCAGGAUCAUCAUCAACCUCACGACCCUCCUCAUCCAUCUCAAUUUAAAUUUCACCUACUGCACUCCCCUUCUCACAUUUCUCCCCUUUCCCAUUCUAUUUUUCCCAAUUUCUUACCGAGUCAAAGAUAUGAAAGUAGUCACAGAAGUAAUCUCGAAGUGGUUUCUGACACGAGUAAAACAGUUUAUCUUCCCAGUCCAGUUCAAACCCAGUCUACUGAAAGAGGAAAGCAAAAUGUUAAAUCUAGAAACACAAAAUCUGGGACUCACAGACCUAGUGCCGGUUCCCCUAAUUCAACUGUGGGUAACAACUGUCGUUAUGACAGUUCCUUAGGACUGUUGACAAAGAAAUUUGUGAGCUUGAUCCAAGAUGCUAGGGAUGGCACCCUUGAUCUUAACAAAACCGCUGAGAUCUUGGAGGUUCAGAAAAGGAGAAUUUAUGACAUUACAAAUGUUCUUGAAGGAGUAGGAUUGAUAGAGAAAACUUCAAAAAAUCAUAUACAGUGGAAGGGAUGUGAUGGACUUGGGCCACGAGAACUGGAGAACCAAAUUAACAGUCUAAAGGCUGAGGUUGAAAGUCUAUAUGCCAGGGAAUGCGAACUUGAUGAUUGUAUAAGGAAAAAACAGGAGCUUCUAAGAAACCUAGAGGAAAGUGAAAGCUCUCAGAAGUACCUUUUUUUGACUAAGGAAGAGAUUCUUAGUCUUCCAUGCUUCCAGAAUCAAGAAAUUAUUGCAAUCAAGGCUCCAAAAGCUAGUUUCAUCGAGGUCCCUGAUCCUGAUGAGGAAUCAGUUUUCCGGCAAAGGCAGUACAAAAUGAUUGUUAGAAGCGCCACUGGACCAAUAUAUCUGUACCUCUUGAGCAAGGACGACUGCAAGUAUGAAGAUGAUAGUGUCAAACGGGUGAAAUUAAUGGAUCCAUCAUGGAACAGUGAGCAAUGCAGAAAGAGAGGUGUGGGAUUAUUAGAAAGCCACGACGAUAAACAAAAUACUUCUGAAAGUUUCAAUUUUCAUGAAUCACAGGCAUCUGGAAUUCAAGAAAUAACUCCCACUGAUUUUGAAAUGGAAGAUGACUACUGGUUUCAGUCAGAUCCUGGAGUAAGGCUAACACAACUUUGGGAAAAUGAACCAAUUAUUCCUAUAGAGGAGCUUCAAGACUAUUAAUGGAGUGAGUGGAGUGAAAUUUUCUACCGCACAAGCAUCACUAACAGAUACACUUAAUGAGUAAGAGAUAGACCAUAAAUUAUUGCAGAUGACACAAAGGUACAUUCAAACUGUAAAUUUGUCUUCAUCUUACCGUGUAACUUACGAAUAAAUAAGAUGAGGUAUAACUUUUAAAUACAGUGUUUCAAAUUUAACUCCUAAUAAAGUUGCAAAUCAUCUAAUGAAA